AUGCUGGGCAAUGGUCAAACAUUUCUUUCCAGAGCACAAUCGUUGCAACAACCACUACCACAGCAACUGCCAAACUCGCACCCUCAACAACCACAACCACCAGAAUCGAAUGACCAGGUCAUUUCACUACGAUGCCUUGCACGAAUAGUGCCCAUACCUCGAAUUGCCAGACAUAUCAUUCUGGCUGCGACAUGGCAGUCGACUACCAUUCAGGAUUCCCUCUAUUUGCUGGCGAGUUGGUGGGUUCUAUGUUGGCAGUUUUAUUUUGUAUCUAUCUACAUAGCACCCAUCAUAAUGAUUGCCUUACUGCUGUAUAUGAGCGAAUUCCGUGAAGACAGACACGAAGAAAAGCGACUACAGCAGGCCCUCGAAACUUUGCAUGGGAUUGAGGCUCUAGAACAGUUAUGGCAGCUCAAAGAUGGUCGACAAUCUUUACUGGUUUUUGUUUAUGCUUAUAUUGGCUGGGUUAUUGCACACCAAGUAGCUACGACCCAACAAGUUGCCCUGGCCGCAGGCACUCUUGCUUUAGUAUGGCAAGCGCCUUGGAUUCGUGUUGCUCGACAGAUUUUGCCAACGUCGUUUCUACAAUCCUUGUUUAUGGGUGUUUUCAUCGGUCCAUUGGAGUCUCAACACGGAACAGAAGACGCACUGGUGCGCAGACGAUCAUUGACACAACGCGUGGAGGAUUUCCAGUGUGAAAAGAUGCAAUUCAAUGCAACAACCUCUGUGUUUGAAUUUGUCAUUUAUGAAAACCAGCGAUCAUGGCCAUUGACAGGCUGGCGCGCAGCAACACUGCCCUUUAUCGAUCGAGCACCGUGGACAGAUCCUGCCAAGAAGCCGCUGGCUCCAAAGACCGAAUUUCAACUUCCAGAAACGAUUCAGGCACAAUCUGGUGCGUGGACAUGGUCAUGGACGGAUACAGAAUGGCGGCUUGCGUCAAAAACAGAAACGGAUGCACUUGGAUGGACUUAUGGCACUUUGCUAUGGUCUGUGUUCGAUCGCCAUCCAAAAGGUUGGAUGUCCACACGUUAUCGACGAUGGGCACGCACAGCAACAUUGACAAAUCAAAACCCAACAAAAAGCACUUCCUUGUUACCACCACGUAUCGAUACCGCAUCAUCGCGUAGCGGUCUGCUAUCCCCAACAAGCCCAGCAUCACCGAGCCCAUCUUUAAUGUCGCGGGGACGAAAAUUGACUUCGUCUGUACGGUUUUCGUCAGCAACAAUCACGGAACACGAUAAUGAUAGCACAGUCAGCAACAGCACUACAGGCACUACCAAUACCACCACGUUUAAAAAGAAAUUAUGGUCAUCGAGCAAUAGCUCAUCCACAUCUACUACACCAAAAACACCACCCGAACAAAAACGCGAUUCUGUAUGGCGAAGUAUUGCUCGCGUCAACAAGCAUCAUUAA